AUGGACACCAUAGCAAGCAAGGUGCAAUUCGACAUACAGACUAAGGCAGGAACAACCGGUGUGCGUCGCGAAGCAGUACAAAUUGGACUGUCUCGUUUCAGUGGUGGUACAGCGCAAGAAUACCUCCAAUGGACCCACGAGUUCCGCCACAUCUGGACCCUAAAGAACUGGGGAAGAGAAGACGCACAUUUACACCUUCUGGUGUUGCUGGAGAAUGAAGCUCGCGAAGCUUACGUCGACGCUACAGCAGGCGUGGACAUAAAGGAUGACGACGCGUAUGAUUUAGCGUACGAGAUGUGGGCAAGACACUUCGUGCCAGUUGAUUACAGUGAACAAUUAGAAGAGGAACCCUUCAUGUUUGCCAAGCGGCGUGAUGAAACGAUUGCGCUGUGUUAUCGUCGUGUGAGAGAUCUGACGCGAAUGAUGGCGGAUCUCCCAUCUAGUGCUGUAACCCUAUCAUAUGAGAUGCUGAUUCGGUACUUCAAGCGCGCAAUGCCUAGUGAUUGGAAGCUGGCCUACGAAAGAAGUGGAAUUCGCCCUGUAACGGGGCACACCCUUGCGUGA